ACACUGGCCGACCUCAAUGCGGUGCUGGCUGUGGAGCCCAACAGCGUGCCGGCCCUGCAGAUGAAGGGGGACUUACUGCGGAAGUUCGGCCAUUACCGCAAAGCGGCGCGGUGUUACGACGCUGCUGUCGCUCUUUCGCCUGACGCGGUCGGUGCAUUGGUUGGCCGCGCAAGCGCGCAUAGGUCGUUGGGCAGGCUCGCUGUCGCUGUCCGCGACUUCGACGCUGCGCUCGCCAGAGAGCCCAGCAACGAGGUGGCGCUGGUGGGCCGCGCGGCGGUCAAGCUGGCCCUCGGCUGGUUCUGCGAGGCGACGGCGGAUUUCCGCGCCGCGCUGCGGGCGUACCCUGGCCAGGCCGUCGCCCAGUGGGGCCGCUCGAUGGUGGCGCAGCACCAGCGAGAAGCGCCCCCCAAGGUGGUGCUGCUGGCUGGCUUCGAGCGCGCGUUGCUCAACAAGGCGUACGUGGAGCGGCGGGAGCCCAGACACGUCGUGGGCGGCCGCGAGACCUUUUGGUCGCAGGACAAGGGCGCGGAGCAGCAGCACCUCCUCUACUACAGCGCCCAGGAGCAGAGGUGGAAGUGCACCCGCGCCAGCGACUUCGAGCGGGUGCGUGACGGCGGCUCUCCCGGCUACGCGGCGGCCCCGCAGGAGGCGCACCUGCUGUCGCCCUCACUCGUCCGGGGCUGGCACGAGUGGGACAAGGCCGCCGCCUCCUGGAAGCUGCGACCCGCCGGCGGCGUGUGCAGCAUCGGCCCCCUGUCCCCGCCGCUGCGCAGCGUCACGCUCGCCGGCUUCGCGCGGCCUGCCGUGAACGGCCGCUACCGCGAGCGGCGGCAGCUCGAAUUCGGGGUCGGCGGGCGCGAGACCUACUGGACGGAGGACGGCGAGAUGUUCCUGUACUGGUGCGGCAAGGACUCCAGGUGGAAGGGCUCGGCGGCCAGCCACCUGCAGAAGAUCCAGGGCGGCAGCCCCGCGUGCCACGUCGGCGCCCCCGUCGGGGCCGACCUGCUGUCGCCGGCCCUGCUGCGCGGCUGGCACGAGUGGCACGAGAAGGCGUGGGUGCCACGCCCCUGCGCCGGCAUCUGCGCCAUCGACCCCAGCCCGACGCCGCGCCGCACUGUGCGCCUCGGCGGCUUCGCCCGCGCGCCGGCCAACUCCAAGUACGAGGAGCGCCGGCUGCCAGAGGUGCUUCGGCAUGACCGAAAUUGA